AUGACAAGCGAGGCAAGCAUCUCAGACAGCGCGUCUCAGAGCUUGUACGAUGGUUCCAUCGAGUCCCAAAGCACCUACUUUGGGCAGGCUGACUUCGUCGAUGUCUCCAACAAGCUUCUUGCGUUCCACACCAAGAUCUUGCCGGCUGAUAAUUACAACUCUCCGUACUAUAGUCCAUUGACCAAUACGAGUGAGCCAAAACCAAUCGACAAGCUGAUCAACCGGUUUUCGAUCUGGAAGAUGAUCAUCAAGCAGCUGAUCUUCUACUUCAAAGAGAUCAGUAUCUUCAAAAAACAAACAUAUCUUGGAAACAAGGCAAUGUUGGAGAAUCUGGAGCUGUUGAAAAAGCAAACAAACGGCAAGCUUAAGUUCAAAGGCUCGGCUUCAAAGGCUCUCAGAGGAUCACUAAGCAACAAUAGUAUGGCUCAGUCUGAUCAACAGAAUGCCCAACAGGAGUCAAUGCUGAACAAGUUUGUCCAGACAUCGUUCUUGCCCGUUGGUGAUCUGUCUGUGUUAUCCAUCUCCACCACCCUUUCGAACUACCAUAGUUCGCUCGCAGAGAAGGAACUAAUCACCCACAACCAAUUAACCCUCAAGAUCAUCCCCCGUUUGGAAAACUUGAAGGAGAGUCUCAACGAAACCAUCAAACAGAUUGCUUCUUUGAAAGGUUCGGAUGAUUUUAAGACGUCGGAUCUCAAAUACGAAAUCGCAAAGACAGGUGCCGUUCUUGCAGACUACAUCACAUCUGUGGAAUUGCUUACAAAGGGCGAAACAACAACGUGUCUUGGAACCCAUCUCAAGUUUACUAAAUUGGAGCCAAAGAAGGACCCUUAUUUGUUGCGGUUGAAAUUGGACCUCCAAUUGAAAGACCAGCUGUACACCGAGGCCCAGCUGAAGGAAAGCUAUUACGAUAUUCAGCAUAAAGGAGUUCAGUUAGAGAACAUCCUGUACACUGAGGUCCAGAACUGUGUGAAGAAUUUCGUCAAUUUGAUCAACACUGAACUCGAUGCUGUCAAGGAUAACAUGGUUAGCGAGUUCAUGAACGGGUUCCUCAAAAACGAUUUCGGUAUCGACUGGGACUACUUCAUUCUCAACGACAACGCAAAGAACCUUUUGAAGGUUAAUGCCAAAGAUUCCAUAAUGAAAGUGAAGCAGAUCCGAAAAAAAUCAGACGUCCAAUACCCUUACCAAAAAGAACGCAUUAGUUCAUGCUUGCUUUCCGGCUUCCUCGAAAAGAAGUCCAAGUAUCUUAAGAACUACUCCAAGUUCUUUUACGUGCUCACGUUCAACUUCAUUCAUGAGUUCAAAACUGAAGACCGGAAGAAAGAGAGACAUCCUCUCAACUCCUACAGUUUGAACGACAUGAAAGUCAGUGCAUCUCCUGAUGACGCGCGCAAGUUUGUCAUCAGAAUUUCUUCGAACCGGUCCACGGAUUUCAAAACCAAAUUUACGUUCAAGUCUCCUUCUCCGGAGAUCACUGCAAUGUGGCUCGACCAUCUCUCAGACUUGUGUUCUCUACAGAGCCCGCUCGAGAGAAACAGUCCGGCAAACACCGCUGCAAUUGCUCCUUCGUACACCCCAUCUGUGUUGAACAUGAGCACCGCCGGUGACGCAGCAUCUUCUUUCAGAGAGGACAGUGGCUCGAUUUCUGGCGAGUCGUCGAGCAACCUGAAAGCUCAACUGGAGAACAACAAUAUUUCCUCCUCGUCAUUGCAUCUUCCGACUUUCCAAUCGGUUAAGAAGGGAUCUCCUCAGGAGACACCCGCCCCAGCUGCUCACCAUCGCAGAGGCGGAAGCACAUCUUCGAUUCCUGCAUCCUCCACCAGUUUCCCAGCCUUGCAUCGACACCAUUCUUCCGGAAGUUCCACGUCCCAGGCCUCGGAAGGGCUCUCGAUCCAUUCAACAACUCCUACGUCGCCUCCAAACGCGUCCAAUGGUGUUGCUAAGAUUGUGAUCAACUCCGAGACAGGAGCUACCGAAGAACCUGGAGACUACUUCAACUAUACCGCUCCGCGCCCAAGAGUCGCCAAGCGUGUCUCGAGCGGAAAGAGUACUCCACCGGGCCAGCCCCAAGGAUCCCAGAUCCUGCGUCCAUCAUCCCCAUCCCAUCUUUCCCAAGCCAGACAACCACCUGCUCAACGAGCAACAUCGCCAAACAUGCUCAAUAAACCGAACGUGCCAAGCUUUUUGGGAGGUCACCAUUCUGCUUCGGCUUCCCAGCUUUCUCCGAUCAAUUCACUUACAUCCAUGAAAUCUGCAUCUUCUCUUUCUGUUCCGUCAAAGACAGGACUUGUUAGAGGGCGGGAGAAGCUCCAAGCGCAAUUGAAGAAAGCCGCUUCCAACAGCAACCAAACCAAUCUCAACGGUGCUAUUUUGGAGUUCGGCAGCUCGUCCAUGGGGUCCUCAAAUAGCUUAAAGCUUCCAACACCAUCUGGAUUACCACAAACCCCGGGUAUUUUACCAUCCAACUCCAUCGGGGAUGUUUUCCCAGGAAGCGACACACCUUCAAGAUCAGUUUCGUCUUCGUCUGAUCCGCUGAAGUCUCCUAAACCAUCGUCUCCAGACGGCUACUUCUAA